AUGCGCUCCGCCCUGAUUGUUGCCGCCGUUGCCGGCCUUGUCACUGCCGGCCCAGUUGCCCCCCGUGACACGUCUGCCCAGGACGGGAUUGACCUGAGUAUCUUCGACGCUGAGCCAAAGCCGACCAAGGUCGGCCCGGCAGUUGGCGUCAACCACGAGCCGCCAACUUACAACCAGGCGGAGGCGCAAGCCUCUGCUCUUCAGGAUGCCGUUGCAAAUCCCGUCAUCUCUGCCAGGUCAGAGCUGGUGGCACGCGCCUCGACUUGCACCAACUCCAACCAAGAACCCGACGGCUACGGGCCCGUACCGUCGCCCGACACCUACGACUCCUUCAUGUCGUGGACUGCGCUGGACGACAUUGCCAACAACGCCGUCGUUCCCCAAGGAUACUCCUUGGUCUUUGGGGAUAAGCAAGCCUCGGUGGAGGGCUCGGGCUACCAGGGUCUCUACACCUUGACCAGCUACAACCCUAUCCAGUGUCAACAGUACUGCGACGCCGCUCCCGCCUGCUACGGCUUCAACCUGUUCAUGGAGAGGAACCCCAAGUUCACGCCGAGUGAUACAUGUGUCGACCCCGAGAGCAUCACCAACUACAAGUGCACGCUCUGGGGUGCCGGAGUCUCCGAGGCGUCCGCCACGAACCAGGGGCAAUGGAGAAACCAGUUCCACGUCGGCGUCGCUGGAUCGAACGGGUACAACAAGAACUCCCCCCCGGACUCGAUAGCCAACUUUGACGGCCCCUUUGCCCUUGGCGGCGCUAUCCAGGCCCCCAACUCGUACAUUGGCGCCAAGUACUACCCCGGCGUCUACGACCCGGGCCAGUGUGCCGCGGCGUGCCAGGCGACGACCCAGUACGACCACGACCACCCGAGGAGCGACGGCACCUACGACGCGUGCAACUUCUUCAACGCCUACGUGCUGAGCCAGAACAACGUGCCCCAGGGGACCUACUGCUCCCUGUACACCACUUCCUGGGACAAGAGCUACAGCACCAACUACGGGCAGUACCGGGGCGACGACUACUUCUCCGUCUCGCAGAGCUACAGCUACAAGCUCACCGUCCAGGACUCGGGCAACGUCAACGCCGCUCCCCCGUCCUAA